AUGCCUUCUCAAAAGACCUUCAGGACGAAGCGCAUCCUUGCCAAGGCUGCGCGCCAGAACCGGCCAAUUCCCCAGUGGUUCCGCCUAAAGUCGGAUACAAAGAUUCAAUAUAACGCAAAGCGCCGCCACUGGAGACGCACGAAGCUCAACAUCUAA